UGGCCCGAGUCCCCUAGUUUUGAUGACCAACAUAUUGGAAAAGUACCAUCAAGAUGGAAAGGAGUCUGCAUGGAAGGAUUUGACUUCGAUAAGUCAAACUGCAAUAGGAAGUUGAUAGGAGCAAGGUUUUACAAAAUUGAAGAUCAAGAAUCCAGCUUCACCAAAAUACCUAACAUUACCACUAAACCAUCAAAACCAAAUGGAACUCCAAGGGAUAAAGUAGGUCAUGGAACAAACACAGCUUCCAUAGCAGCAGGUGCAAUUGUCCCUAAUGCCAAUUACUAUGGCCUAGCAAAUGGCACAGCUAGGGGAGGGUUACCUUCUGCUAGGAUAGCAACGUACAAGGCAUGUUCAGAAGGAAAUUGUCAAGGUUCUGCAAUACUCAAAGCUAUUGAUGACGCAAUUAAAGAUGGAGUUGACAUAAUUUCCAUUUCCAUUGGGAGAAGUUUUGUGUUUCAAACUGACUUUAAAGAUGAUCCUAUUGCCAUUGGGGCUCUUCAUGCUGCUGAAAAAGGAGUUAUGGUUGUUUGUUCUGGUGGGAAUGAGGGACCUGAUCCUUAUACUGUUACCAACUCUGCUCCCUGGAUUUUCACUGUUGCUGCUUCUACUAUUGAUAGAAAAUUUCAGUCCACCAUUGUCCUGGGAAACAAUGUCUCUUUGAAGGUAAACAUCCUUAUUACUCCAUCUGCUUUUUUUUUUUCACUUAAACUUUUUGGUGUUUGAGACGCAUUUAAUAUCUGGAUUCGCACUACAUAGGAAAAAUUUAAGUGGGAAAUGUUUCCUAGUAGGAGUUUCUUUAUUCCAAAGACUCGAAUCCGAGAGUUCUGGUUAAGGGUGGAAAAAUCUCAUCCAUCCCACCACAUCCCUUGGUGAUUAUUACUCGAUAUGUUUUUUUCCUUAAUGUGUUGGUUUACUCAUUCAGUAUUCAGGAUCCGUUGAUCCGACUAAUCCUAAAGCAAAUUAAAUGGAAAAACACUUUCUAUUAGGAGUUA